CUGGCCAUUCACUCACAUCUCACCGCGAUGGCUCCAGAACUCAGGUACGAUGGACAAGUGUGUGUCAUUACUGGCGCUGGUGCCGGGCUUGGCAGAGCAUAUGCUCGCAUGUUCGCCUCUCGCGGCGCGAAAGUGGUAGUCAACGAUCUUGGAGGCAGCUUCAACGCCAAAGGCAAUGAGCGAAGCUCAAAAGUCGCAGAUGAGGUUGUCGCGGAAUUGCGAUCGAAAGGAUGGACUGCUGUCGCGAAUUACGACCCUGUCCAGGAAGGAGACAAGAUCAUCAAGACAGCUAUUGAUAAUUUUGGACGUGUUGACAUUCUAGUCAAUAAUGCUGGAAUCCUUCGAGACAUUACCCUUCGCAACAUGACCGACUCGGACUGGAAUGCAAUCAUCGAUAUCCAUUUGCACGGAGCGUACAAAACUACACGUGCUGCCUGGCCCUACUUCCGGAAGCAACGAUAUGGACGAAUCAUCCAAACAACAUCUGCUUCUGGCCUGUUCGGAAACUUUGGUCAAUCGAACUACGCGGCAGCGAAAUUCGCUUUAGUCGGCUUUGGUGAGACUCUUGCUAAGGAAGGAGCCAAGUACAAUAUCCAAUGCAAUAUCCUAGCGCCGGCAGCGGCAAGUCGUUUGACGCAAACAGUCUGGCCAAAGGAGAUGCUGGACCUGAUGAAGCCAGAAUGGGUUGUACCGCUUGUGGGUUAUUUGUGUCAUCCAGACUGUCGUGAGAAUGGCAGUAUCUUUGAAGCUGGCGCUGGACACUUUUCGAAGAUCAGGUGGGCGAGAAGCAAGGGCUUGCUGUUGAAGCCUGACGCGAAUUUACACCCGCAGCACAUUCUGGAUCGAUGGAGUGAAGUAGUGGAUUUCGGCAAGGGGAACUUGGAAUAUCCGACUCAGCCAACAGACCUGAUGGGCAUGUUGAAGGCCGCGGGAAGUCUUGCGCCCAACAAGCCUAUUUCGCAAGACAAGCUGGGCAUCUCAGGCAAGGUGGCUCUGGUCACUGGGGGUGGCGCAGGCCUUGGCCGAGCCUAUUCCUUCGAACUUGCGAAGCAUGGCGCAAAGGUCAUCGUGAACGAUAUCCAAGGCGCCGAAGCAGUCGCAGAUGCCAUCCGAAAGAAGGGAGGCGAUGCGGUUGCCUGUGAUGUUUCGGUCGAGCAAGGAAAAGCAGUGGUCGACUUCGUGAUUCAGAAUUGCGGCCGGAUCGACCUCGUCGUCAACAACGCCGGUAUUCUCAGGGACAAGGCAUUCACCAACAUGACAGAUGAGCAGUGGCAUCAGGUCAUCAAUGUCCACUUGAAUGGCACUUAUGCGAUCACGAGGGCUGCUUUGCCGUAUAUGGUCAAGAACAAGUAUGGUCGAAUCGUGAACAUUACAUCCACGAGUGGCAUAUAUGGGAACUUCGGGCAAGCGAAUUAUGCUGCGGCAAAGGCUGGAAUCCUCGGCUUCACCAAGUCUGUGGCACGAGAAGGAACAAAGUAUAAUGUCUUCGUCAAUGUCGUCGCUCCAUCUGCUGGCACAAACAUGACCCGUACAAUCUGGCCUGAAGAGGAAGUGCAAGCCCUCAAGCCAGAAUAUGUUGCUCCAUUGGUCGCAGUUCUCUGCAGCGAGAAGCCGCCAGCUACAGCAACCAUCUUCGAGGCCGCUGGCGGGUGGUUUGCCGUGACCAGAUGGCAACGAGCCCGCGGUAAAGACUUCGACUUCCACAGCGAAGUGCCCAGCGUCGAUCAGGUCGCCGAAGCAUUCCCCAAGAUCGUCACAUUCGACAGUGAGGCUGACUUACCUGACGCUCCGCAAGACGGCAGCAAGUAUACAUCAGCAGCAGCUCUUGCAUCAGCAAAGAUCGACCCUGGAGAUAGUGGUCGCGCCAAAAUCAACGAAGCACUACAAGCAAAGUCCGAAGCCACGACUUACUCUUACACUGAAAGAGACAUCAUCCUCUACCAUCUCGGUCUCAACGCCAAACGAACAGACCUAGACCUCGUCUUUGAAGGCUCCAAGAAUUUCCACGUUCUCCCGACUUUUGGGAUCGUACCAACGUACACUUCAAAAUCCUCCGUCAACUUCAAAGACAUCCUCCCCAAUUUCGACAUGCGCCAACUACUCCACGGAGAACAAUAUCUCGAAAUCCUCCAAUGGCCAAUUCCCACCUCCGCCACAUUGAAAACCGAAGGCCAACUCAUCGAAGUCAUAGACAAAGGCAACGCAGCCAUCGUCCGACGGAGCAACACCACAUUCGACGAAUCAGGAAAACCCGUCUUCUACAACGAAAGCGCAGCCUUCAUCCGCAAAGCCGGCGGCUUCGGAGGUCAAAAGAAACCUUCUGAUCGCGGAGCUGCUACAGCUCUGAACAACCCACCAAACCGUCCCGCUGAUAAGAUCGUCGAAGAAAAAACUUCGGAAGAUCUCGCUGCCGUCUAUCGAUUGAUGGGAGAUUACAACCCUUUACAUAUCGAUCCGGAAUUCAGUAGAGUUGGAGGGUUUGAGACGCCGAUUUUACAUGGGCUUGCGACUUUUGGGAUUUGCGGGAAACAUGUUUUUCAAGCUUUUGGGCCUGUCAAGAGUUUGAAGGUUAGGUUUUCGGGUGUUGUUUUGCCCGGUCAGACGAUUGUGACGGAGAUGUGGAACGAAGGGAAUGGGAAGAUUGUGUAUAGGGCGAAAGUGAAGGAGACGGGGAAGGCGUGUAUUAGCAAUGCUGGGGCUGAGUUGAGGGAUGAGAGGGCGAAGUUGUGAGAAGGGUAUGAGAGAAGGGAUGAGCAAUGAAUGAAGAAGUUUUUUUUCAUCGCUGACUGAUCGUUUUGUGCCAGCCACAAUUUUGUUCUAUGCCGCAUCAAAUACAAG